AUGUCUCGUGAACGUUCUUUGAACCUGCUGCUGUUGACACCUCACUCUUCAACUCUCUGCUGUAUCUUGAAUAUUUCAGCUUCGGGACUGAUCUCCAUGCUAGAGGAGGACGACGAUGCGCUCCGCACACAUGCACUGAAGCGCCUUCACCAAGUUGUCGACAAGCACUGGGCGGAGGUUGCGGCGGUAGUUCCCCUUAUCGAGGCGCUGAGUGAAGACGACGCUUUUCCUGCCCGCGAGCUCGCCGCCGCAGUCGCCAGCAGGUGCUUUUUCCACCUGGAGGAGUACAGCGAUGCCCUUCGUCUCGCCCUCGGUGCCGGAGAGUACUUCGAUGUAUCCUCCAAGACAGAGUAUGUGUCGACGAUGGUGUCGAAGUGCAUCGACCAAUACACGGCUCAACGGACCGCCGCUAUCGGCGGGGGGGCACCAGACGAGGCUCCCGAAGAAAUGGACCCUCGAAUGGAAGGCAUCGUCGAGCGCAUGUUUGACCGUUGCUUCGCAGAUGGCGAGUACACGCAGGCAAUGGGGAUCGCUCUAGAGGCACACAGGUUGGACAAGGUGGAGGAAACCAUUGAGCAGGCGUCCGACAAGCCGACCCUGCUCAAGUAUACCUUCGACGUGUGCCAAACUUUGGUCACCUCCCGCCAGACGAGGCUCAAGGUGCUGGCCAUCCUCGUGGCCAUGCACCGCCUUGUGCCUCAACCAGACCAUGUUGCGGUGUGCAAGUGUCUCCAGUUCUUGGGCGAGGCGGCCCAGGUCGCAGAGGUGUUGAAGGACCUCUUGCGCGGGUCAGAUGAGUCAGCUCUGCUGGCGUACCAGAUUGCUUUUGACCUUGUGGAGUCUGAGCACCAGCACUUUGUCAUGCAGGUCAACAAGCACAUGCCGCAGAAAAAGGCGACAGAGGCCGUACCCGCUGCUGAAUCAGGGGAGGAGAAAAAGGAAAGCACCGAGGGAGACGCGGAGGCGGCAGCACCAGCCGCCGCGGCAGCCAGUGGUAUGGAGGUGGAUAGUGAGGUUAACGAACCUGAGGAAAGCGAAGAGUUUUUGGGCCGCAUGGACAAGCUGAGGCAGGUUCUCGUGGACGGCUUUGGUAUUGACUUGUCUCUAAACUUCCUCUACAAAAUGAACAAGACGGACCUGCUGCUGAUGAAGAACAUCAAGGGGGCCUUGGAGACCCGCAAUAGUGUCCUCCACAAUGUGACGGUGGUCGCGCAUGGAUACAUGCAGGCGGGGACAACGGUGGAUACUUUCCUUCGCGAUAACCUUGACUGGAUGGGGCGUGCGAGCAACUGGGCCAAGUUCACGGCAACAGCAAGCAUUGGCGUGGUCCACCGCGGCCACAUGAAGGAGAGCAUGAACCUCCUUCAGCCGUACUUGCCUCAAGGGGGAGUUAGUGCGCUUCCCUACAGCGAAGGCGGGGCUCUGUACGCCUUGGGGCUGAUCCACUCCAACAAGGGAAGCGACGGCAAUGCUCAGGUGAUCACAUACUUGCAAGAGGCCUUGCGCAACGCCGGCACAAACGAGACCGUGCAGCACGGAGCUUGUCUAGGGCUAGGCUUGGCGGCCAUGGCCACUGGCGGGGCGGACCUAUACGAGGACCUGAAGAAUACCCUCUUCAAGGACAGCGCCAACGCUGGUGAGGCAGCCGCGUAUGCUAUCGGCCUCACUAUGCUAGGCAAGGGCGGUACCACUCCCGAGUCGAGCACCGCGCUGGAGGAGAUGAUUGCCUACGCGCACGAGACGGCACACGAGAAAAUCAUUCGCGGUUUGGCCAUGGGCAUUGCUCUCACUCUCUACAGUCAAGAGGAGGCCGCUGAGGGAAUGAUCGAGCAGCUCUCGCGGGACCGGGACCCCAUCUUGCGGUACGGUGCCAUGUACGCUAUCGGAAUGGCGUACUGCGGGACUUCCAACAACAACGCUAUUCGGCGGUUAUUGCACGUAGCUGUUUCGGAUGUCAGCGACGACGUACGCCUGGCGGCUGUGACUUGCCUAGGAUUCGUCCUCUUCAGAACGCCAGAGCAGGUGCCGCGUCUCGUUUCCCUGCUUGCGGAGUCGUUCAAUGCGCAUAUGCGCUUCGGUUCCUGUCUGGCUAUUGGUAUCAGCUGCGCCGGGACCGGGUCUCGCGAGGCCAUGGACGUGCUCGAGCCCAUGAUGGAGGACGUGGUCGACUUCGUUCGACAGGGUGCGCUGAUUGCCAUGGCGAUGGUGCUGAUGCAGCAGUCGGAGGCGCGUAUCCCCAAGGUCAAGGCCUUCCGCGCCAAGCUCACUAGCGUGAUUUCGGAUAAACACCAGAGCACAAUGACCAAGAUGGGAGCCAUCAUGGCCAGCGGCAUCAUGGAGGCCGGGGGGCGUAACGUGACAAUCACCAUGCAGUCUCGCGCCGGGUUCACCAAGAUGUCCUCGGUGGUAGGCCUCGCAGUGUGGUGCCAGUACUGGUACUGGUACCCUCUGAUGCACUUCCUGCCUCUGGCCUUCACGCCUACGACUCACAUAGGGCUCAACAAAGACUUCAAGAUGCCGAACAACUACGAGGCGACGUGCGACGCCCGCCCAAGCCAGUUUGCGUACCCCAAGAAGCUCGAGGAGAAGAAGGAGGAAAAGAAGGAGCGAGUCACGACGGUCACACUCAGCACCACCGCGAAGGCGAAAGCUCGCGAGGCCCGCAAAGAGCACAACAAGAAAGAGGAUGGCGAUGCGCCUACUGCCGACAUGGAGAUCCAAGGGGACGAUGCCGGCGUCGAGGAGCAGAAAGGAACCGACGGGGACGAGAAGGAAGUGGGGGAGAAGCCGGAGGCACCCAAGCCCAAGAAGGAGCCUGAGCCAACAAGCUUUAAGAUCAAGAACCCGGCACGCGUUACCCCCUCUCAAGAGCCGUUCGUGCACUUCGAUAUGGAGCAAAGGUGCUGCUCAGACGCGUACGUGCCGGUGCGAAAAACGGGGAAGCCGCUCGGCAUUAUCAUGCUUUUGGAUCGCACGCCCGAUGAACCAGAGGAUGUAGCCUUGGUCGAGGCUCCUUCGACUGAUCCCGACGGGGAAGAAGCUGACCCACCGGAGCCCUUCGAGUGGACCCCUGGCGGUGUAGGCAAGCCUAUCCCUGCUACGGGUUCGUAGGGUGUGGCAGUCGGGGCGUU